AUGAAUACAAGACCAACUCUUAAUAUGCAAAUGGGAGGUGCAAGUUCUGUGAAUCCAAGGCAUAUGGGAGUUAGCACUAGGCCUCCAUUAUCGAGGCAAAUGGGAGGUUCAAGUGCCCGAUGGAACCCACCAGGAAAAGCAACAAACAAGAAAAAUUGCAAGUGGCCUUUACUUUCUGACAUAGUUUAA